AUGUUAUCCGCACCUCGAAGUCAGCGCCAUCAUAUUGGCUUGGACCCUACAGCAUCCGCCAAGCAGAUAAUGGACAAAGUCAUCGCGGCCAAGAGCGCCGCGCCUAUCCCCCCAAAGGUCGUUAAGUCCGGUCCCUGCAAGGGGUUUCGCCUUACGCUCGAUCAGUUCAACCUAGAAACGCUGCCGUGCCCCCCUGCUGCACUGGUCCGAUGGCGUCCAGACUCGUGGCCGUGA